CAACUGGACUCUUGAAGAAACCUGUGGAUAAGAAACUGUGACUCAGACGGAGAGCCUCGGUGUCUGCAGGUUCUUUUUUGGAGUUCUUGUUUUUUUUUUUUUCAAUUUGUGCUCUAUAGUAUUUCUCAGAGUAAAGAAGCAGCUGGACUCAGGAUCAUCAUGGUACCAUGGUGGCCAAACUGUUAGGGCUGGCCUUUCUUUAUCUCAUGACCGGUCCAUUCACCUUCUCUGCACACGGCACGUCAGUGUACCCUGUCCCAACUUCAUCUAUUAACAUCAAUCCAAACUGGGAGGUGGUCUACCGGGACACUGAUGUUUAUGGGGUGGUGGGCAAAGCGGUGAUCCUGGAGUGUGGCACCAGCAUGCCUGACAUCUACAUAUGGAGCUUCACCAAGCCCGGCACUGACGGCAUCAGAGCAGUGGUGUAUAAUCUGGGGAAAGGGCCGAGGAUCCAGCAGCUUGCUGAGACACUUGGACAGUUGACCAUCAUCUCAAACAGUGCAGCAGUGAGCAUUGAGAAGCUGCCUCUGGCUGCUCAUGGCCUGUUCACCUGCCAGGCCUUCUACAAUGUCGACAAGGAGCCCGUAGUCUACUAUUACUACGUUCACCUCAAUGUCAGAGUCCCCGUCAGUAAGCCGUAUCUAUCGCUAAGCGAAGUGUCUCCGGUGGAAGGCUCCACCAUGUCAAUGCAAUGCAACCUGGAAAACGGAACCGGGCCAAUCCAGUACGUAUGGCAGCAUGAAACCCACAGUGGCAACAUUACGGUGGUGGCCCAGGGAAGCAGCAACCGCAUCAACAUGACGGACGUCAACAGAAACCACACCGGCUGGUACCGCUGCAUCGCCACCAAUGCCGUCAACAGUGAGAGCUCUAACCGCUUAUGGCUGGACACCAUCUAUGGUCCAGACAUCCCCCGGAUAGACGUGACUCCCUACAGUAUAACGGAGCGGGGUUACUCUGCGUUGGAGAGAGAGACUGUUUCACUGAUGUGUCAAGCCCCGUCCAAUCCAGCCAGUCAGUACGUCUGGUUCUACAACAACUCCCAGGUCUACAGCGGCCCGCAGUACACCAUCACCAAGAUCCUUCGCAUGCACACAGGAGACUACGCCUGCUUGGCCCAGAACACAUACCUAAACACCCGCUCCAAAAAAACCAUCAGCCUGACUGUCUACUCGGAACCACGCAACAACAUGUACCCUGCUGUGAUUGGAGCAGCAAUAGGCGGGAUGCUCUUCGCAGCCAUUCUCACAAUCCUGCUGCUCAUGUACAUAAUCCGCAACCGCAACAACAAUCCCAGACUGCAUGACCUGCUGUUUGGCAUGCAGCACAGCCAGUCAAGAGAGAACAUUAAUUUUCCAGAGGAUGAAAUGGUCAGAGGGUCAGAUGGAGGGAUAGAGGACAUCGGGGGAUUAUCAACUGCAGGCCCAGCCGUUUCUAUACCCAGGGCAUCCUCGCCCCUCACCGCGGCACCCAGGAGUGCCACUCCCACCCCUACCAGUCAAGCCCCUUCCUCUGGAGACGAUAACGAGCCAGUGAGCGUCACAAUCACAGUCAAGGCUGCAGAAUCCUAGAGUAAAUAAACCAGCUGAAGUUUACGCUGGAGCUCUUGUUGUAGAUAGGGUCAUGCAUGUCGAUUUGUCUUAUUUAUCUAACAAAACAUUUUGAUGUUGGUUUAAAAAGGUCAGGGACUGCAAAAAUGAGCUAGACGGUCAAUUUACUAUGUAUAAUAUGUACAUGUUAAGUGUUUUUUUUUUUUUUUUAGCUUUUCACCUUAGCAGGCGUCCGUCUUCAUUACACAUUAACCUCAAAUCCUUUCAGAUUUCCAUAUAGGAUAGUAAUACGCGUUUGUGUAUCAAUUGAAAUAUACAAUUUUUUUUCCAUUAUCACAGAUCUUUAUUAAUUUAUUCAGCUUUGAACAUUAACAUAUCAAAAACAACCAAAACACUUCAGUCUUUAUGAAUGGCCGACUGUAGAAAACCAUGUGAUUUAUAAAGUCCUGAUCUUUCAAGUGUAUAAAACAAACAAGUGUUAACAACAGGAACAUGUAAAUAUAUACAGUUUGUCUCUAAAGUCCA